GCUUGUGUUACAGUCCAACUGCAGCUCACAGACAUCAUCUGGCCGACACUCCGUGUCUGUGGAAGUGCAGUUACAGAGACAGGAAGCCAGAGAUGCUUUCACACAUGCUCAGAGACAGUACAGCUCUCUGCCACGCCACCCUCGUAAGACACCCGCCCCAGCCUCAGAGAGGGAGUGGGAGAGAAUGUGUCCAGGUGGAGAUGGUUUCCAGGCAGCCAAAGACAGUGGCCGUUACUCCAGCUACCAGGGAUCUCGUUCCGUCCCGCGGACCGUUCCUCGUCCUGGGUGCAGGAAUGGCCUCUCUGCUCCCCCAGGAGCUGGUGGUUCCUCGGUGGGUGGCGGCUACAAUGCACGCGUCCUUCUGGAGGCCCAGGAGCUCCUGCGACAAGAACAGAGACGCAGGGAGCAGGAAGUGAAAGGAAGAGGCCCAUCAAUGCGGUUGGACUACGAAUCCCAGGAUUCCAAAGGGCGCCACAGACAGGACGCCCCACUUUCCCCUUCCCAGGUUGUCCGACUCAGCCGCAUACACACACCUGAGAAAACGCGCCCAUUUUUGUCAUAAGAAAAAAGGACGACACUUUCUUCAAUUUUUGAAGAGGCGAAUUGCUCAGAAAUACAAACAAUUGUUUGUGUGCCAUUAGUGCAGAGACUCUUCUAAGUGCCUUUUUUCUUCAUGAGGUCACAUUGGUCCGGCCCCAUCUGACAGCUCAUUGGUGUGUCCAGAGGCAAGAAGUAUCUUGAUUGGCUGUGAAGACCUUCAAGCUUUGACAAUCAGCCUCACGCUGGCCUGUUCCUCUGCAAAAACAAUGUAGAACUCCAUCUAAAUGAGCAGUUUUCCUGCUUUGCACAUGUUUUGAUGAAGUUUUGUGAAACAGAGCUUUUUUUUUUUUUUUACCAAGAUUUAUCAGAUGAAUUCUUAAACAGGUGAAAUGUAUCCGUUAAACUCGUAUUUGAUUUUGUUAGUUGAGGAAAAGGUGGGACUGAGUACAGGUGGCCCAGCAUACCUAGCGAUACCACUGGAUGUUGUCAAAUAAAGGAUGUUAAAGAACUACAAACAUGGGUACAAAACACACAGUCAAAGUGAAGGACUCAUGGGAAUCCAGCAAAAAGAGGAAAUCCCAAAAAUGUAAUGGAAAAGAAGAGAGACAGGAAAUGGGGUAACAGAUAGCAGGUCAUUAAUUGAUGCUCCUCGUUAAAUCUUUAGAGCUUUUUCACACACAAACACAACCCACGACCCACUGCUGCCUGCCAGGUGUGUGUGUGUGCGUGACUCCCUGUCUCCCAGAUGACCCACACUGAAUUUUUCAUCACACACACCAGCUGCCCCUGUAUUGACAGACCACAGCACUGUGAAAGUUCAGACAAAAAGAUUGUCUUCCCUUCUCCCUUAAACAUACAUAAAUGCGUGCACACACACAGACACACAGAGGCUGUGUCUGGAAUACCAUACUACCACCACUUCAUCUGUCUUCAUCCAUAAAAUAUGUAAAAUAUAUAAAAUAACUUUUAAGAAUAUCAUUAUUUUUUCCCCAUGUGUGAUUGUACACACGUAGGGUGUGAGCUUAAAAAUAAUUAAAUGUAUAUAAUAUAAUAAAAGCAAGAGAAAGAGAGUGUGAACUUGAAAUAGUGACAUAAAAAAGUAUUGUGUGUGUGUGUGUGUGUGUAUAUAUAUAUAUAUAUAUAUAUAUAUAUAUAUAUAUAUAUAUAUAUAUUAAUUAGAAUAGUAUACACAGUAUGUUAGAAUUCCAUUGGAAACACCGUUCUAUAAAUAGAUGGAUAGAUUGAUGGACUUUAUUGAUCAUUAUUGUAGAAAGUCUUUAACUACUCACAUUCUCUUGUAGCCAUUACUGGAAGUGUCACCGAAGCCCCGCCCCUAACAGCUGCCAAGAUACAGAAUCUGCCCGACACUGAUGCGUUUUGAGAUCUCAAACUUUGACUCUGAAAGUUCUGGGCUUUGAAUCAAGAGCUCCCGUUGAGCUGAGAUACUCACAUACUGGUGUGUAAGAGGCUAGGUCACUGCUCUGUGUGUGUGCGUGUGUGUACGUGCGUGGGGGUUGUGCCAUAUGAGCCAGCCGAUGCUCGUUUGACACAUAACAGUGGGACACAUGGUGCCCAACACACACUACUGCCCAGGCACAGAUGGUUGGGUGCAUUUGUUGUGUAUGUGUGUGUGUGUGAGAGAGAGCGAGAGAGAGGGGAUAUCAAGAUGAUAACAUGAAAAGAGCCUCAGUACAACACGACUAAACAAUCAAGACAUUUCAGAUUUUACUGUCGUCUUUGUUCCUCCAUAUGGAAAUUAGCUUGUGAUCUUGCCCUGUUUUUGUACAUUUGCCUCUUUUUUUUAACGUUUUCAAAUGAACAAAACCUCUUUUGCACCUUUUUAAAUGUCAGAUUUCCAGAUUGGAACAAAUUUAAUGAAGAAGUGUUAAAUAUGUGGCGCCUUUCAGAUUUUUUUUUUUUUUAUUUAUGUGUGAAUCCCAGCAAGCGUCUCAUUAUGCUGUUCUAAAAGGUCCGAGGCCAUGAGCGGGUAGAGAUGUGGAGUUUCAAGUGGAUUCAUGUCCGAUUUUCUUUCUUUACUGUGUUAGUUUGUUUACAGGACUCUGUACAGGGUUUUUUGAAUUUUAGUUUCUGCCUUUGUGUCUGUCAUUUUGUGUUGUUUAUACGCUGUUCAGAAAUCGGUGUUGUUUAGAAACACAGCAGCUGUUUGGACUGUACAAAACUCUUGUAAAAUAAAGGAAGGGGAUGCUCUACUGUUUGCCGUA